GUAGACUAAACGACGCUACUUCUGAAACUGAAUAGCACAAUCACCUAGGCUGAAGUCGGGUGAACUGCAUAUUCUGGAAGCUUUUGCCAUAAUCUACCUGGCGAUUGUUGUUAGUUUCGUUUAGCUUACUUAGACUAUUUAUUUUUUGUGUAAGACAAUCGGAGUGCAGAUUUGUCUCAUUGCGCACAGCGAGAGGGUCAUGCGUCUCUGCUGGAAUGUCUAACCUGAGAUAACAUUGUGGAACACCUCGGGAUCUGGCUACCAGGUCACCGCUGGCUACGAUUGGAUACUCUUGCCAUCACCCAGUCUCGGAACCGGACCCAUACCUAUAAGGCUUCAACAUGUCUGACCGGGUCUCCGUCGUGGAGUUCAUGGACAUAACCAAUGAGGAUUAUAAAGCCCCCACAACCUCAAUUUUCACUACUCGGAUGACCAACUGUCGGAACACGGUGACCGCUUUGGAAGAGGCUUUGGAUGUGGACCGAGGUGUUCUGCACAAGAUCAAGAAGUCAGUCAAGUCCAUCAGCAGCUCUGGUCUGACACAUGUGGAGAAUGAGGAGCAGUAUAUCCAGGCGCUGGAGAAGUUUGGGGAGAACUGUGUGUACAGGGAUGACCCCGAUGUCGGUUCGGCCUUCCUCAAGUUUGCUGUGUUCACAAAAGAGCUCACCGCCCUCUUCAAAAACCUGCUGCAGAAUAUGAACAACAUCAUCACGUUCCCAUUGGACAGUCUGCUUAAGGGAGACUUGAAGGGCGUGAAGGGGGACUUGAAAAAGCCUUUCGAUAAAGCCUGGAAGGACUAUGAUACAAAAGUCAACAAGAUUGAGAAGGAGAAAAGGGAGCAUGCAAAGCAGCACGGGAUGAUCCGAACGGAGUUCAGCGGAGGAGAGAUCGCCGAGGAAAUGGAAAAGGAGAGACGCCUUUUCCAAUUGCAGAUGUGCGAGUAUCUUCUCAAAGUGAAUGAAAUCAAAGUGAAGAAAGGUGUGGAUCUUCUCCAGAACCUUAUCAAGUAUUUCCAUGCUCAGUGCAACUUCUUCCAAGAUGGUCUGAAGGUGGUGGAGAGCCUCAAACCUACCAUGGAGAAACUCUCUACAGACCUUUCAGCAAUGAAGCAGGGCCAGGAUGGGGAGAGGAAACAGUUGGCACAGCUCCGGGACGCACUCAAGUCCUCCCUGCAGGCAGAUGCGAAGGAGGAUGCCCAAUCCAAACAGAAUCCUGGCUACAGUCUUCAUCAGCUCCAGGGGAACAAAGCCCAUGGGACAGAACGUUCUGGAAUGCUGUACAAGAGAAGUGAAGGUCUGCGAAGGGUCUGGCAGAAGAGGAAAUGUUCGGUGCGGAACGGGUUCCUCACCAUAUCUCACGGAACGGCAAACAGCCCACCCGCCAAAUUGAACCUGCUGACCUGUCAGGUGAAGCACAACCCAGAUGAGAAGAGGAGCUUUGACCUAAUCUCACAUGACAGAACAUAUCACUUCCAGGCAGAGGAUGAGGGAGAGUGUCAGAUUUGGAUCUCAGUGCUACAGAACAGUAAGGAAGAGGCUUUGAACAACGCUUUCAAAGGUGACCCUGAGGAGAGUGGCGAGAACAACAUUGUCCAAGAGCUGACCCGCGCCAUCGUUGAGGAGGUCAAAAGGAUGAGCGGCAACAGCGAAUGUUGUGACUGCGGAGCGGCCGAUCCAACCUGGCUCUCCACCAAUCUUGGAGUGUUAAUCUGUAUUGAAUGUUCUGGAAUUCAUCGGGAGAUGGGGGUCCACUACUCCAGAAUCCAAUCUCUGACAUUAGACGUCCUUGGGACCUCGGAACUUUUGCUGGCUAAGAAUAUUGGGAAUGCUGUCUUCAACGAGGUCAUGGAGGCUAAUCUGUCAGCAGAAGAUGUCUCCAAACCCAAGCCCUCCAGUGACAUGCAGACAAGGAAAGACUACAUCACGGCCAAGUACACGGAGAAGCGAUUCGCUCAGCGCAAAUUCGCCGACGCCACGUCCAGACAGCACGCCCUGCGGGAGGCCGUGCGGAUCCGCGAUAUCCUCACCCUGCUACAGGUCUUCGCUGAGGGAGUUGACCUAAUGGAGGCCAUCCCCCCUGGCCAACAUGAGCAUGAGCCUGGCGAGACGGCACUGCACUUGGCCGUGCGGACGGUGGACAGGAACUCCCUCCACAUCGUGGACUUCCUGGCACAGAACAGUGUGAGCCUGGACAAGCAGACGGGCAAAGGGAGCACAGCUCUGCACUACUGCUGCCUGACGGACAACAGUGAAUGUCUGAAACUGCUGCUAAGGGGGAAGGCUUCUGUCGCUACAGCCAACGAAGCAGGGGAGACUCCUCUGGACCUGGCCAGGCGUCUCAGACACACUCAGUGUGAGGAGCUGCUGACACAGGUACAGACAGGCAAGUUUAACGUCCACGUGCACGUGGAGUAUGAGUGGAGGCUCCACAACAACGACCUGGACGAGAGCGACGAGGAGAUGGAGGAGAAGCCCAUCCCUCAGGGCCGGCGAGAGGAACGCCCAGUCAGCUGUUUCAUCCCGGGAAGCGGCCCCAUGCAGCCGAACAUGGCCUGUCUGGCCCGUGACGCCGCGUCGCUUGUGGCCAGCAGGGAGCGCCAGCGAGGCUACAACCCCAGCAUGGUCUCCAACGAGACGUACGGCACCAUGUUGGACCUGGCCUCCCCCCCGCCCAGUGCGCCAAGCCUGCCGGGCGGCCUCGUGGUCCCAGCGGUCCCAGCGGUCCCAGUGCCCCCACUCCCGCCACGCAACCCUGCCAAAGGAGCAGGAGCAGGAGCAGGAGCAGGAGCUCCAGGUUGGACGCCCAAUUCCAUGGAGUCCACUGGGAGACAGAGGUCUGCCUCAGACCCCUACAACCCAGAGACAUACAUCCCUAUGAAUGUUGUUCCUCCGCCGGCUCCACCUCCUCCCGUCUCCAAGAGAACAGCUACGGCGAACAAGGGCAAAACCCCCCCGUUGCCUCCUGUUCCAGGCGCCCCACCGCUGCCCUCCCUCCCCCACGGGCCUCCUCGCUUGCCCCCAGCGCCCACUCUGCCCCCAGCACCCCCCUACAAGCCCACCCCCCCCCCCCCACCGGUCCACCGGGCUUCAGGGCCCAAAUCACCAAGCGGCAAUUUAGAUGCCAGUGUCACCAAAGGGACAGCCAGGCGUCCCCCACCUUUAGACAGAGCCAAGGAUAUCCCAGCUCUGCCGCCCAACACAGAGCCACUGCCCUCCUCUCCCCCAACCCCAAAACCCAGGAAAGUCCACACAAAACAUAAGACUCGGAGAGUAAAAGCCAUCUACAACUGCAAGGCUGAUAAUCCUGACGAGCUCACAUUCAAUGAGGGAGAGGUGAUCGUGGUGGAUGGAGAGGAGGACCAGGAGUGGUGGGUUGGCCAUAUUGACGGGGACCCCAACCGCAGAGGAGCAUUCCCCGUCACGUUCGUCCACGUCAUCUCGGAGUGAUCACCUCACAGUAUCAACGUCGCAGGAUUUUAUACGUGGAUUGGAAGCGUGGGAGAGAGGGAAAGAGAAGACAAGACACAGAGAUAGAGAUGUCCAAAAGACACCAUUGUGUUCUCACAGAGGAGAAGACAUGUUUGCCUCUCCACCGUAAGAAUUGGCAUCUUACAGAGAUCAUCAUUCUACUUUAUACAAAAACGUGUUCAGCAGCAGAAUGUCUGUUUUCUAUGUACCGGUACUUUGGUCGAAGAAACGGCCACCUGCUUUCAAUUGAAGUGACAGCCUGAUGGAUAUUUAUACCCCCAUGACACAUGCAGACUAAAACAAGAUGAGCAUAAACACUGUAAUGGAACUAAAUAUUACAUCCUGUAGACAGUCAUGUUUCUAGUCUUUUCCUACCCGUUCAGGGCAACAUCUGUAAAUCAGUACUGAUAUACUGGUCAUGAAAAUCUUGGAUGCAAACACAGGUCAACAAGUGGGACAGUGGCAUAUUCCUUGAUUUGCAGUUGAUUGAUAUAGUGUUCUUCUAUCUGCAACACAUCCCAUUUUAGAAUACUUUUGAGAUUUUGACCGAAGUUGCAGAGCAACUGUAGUAUUUGUACAUUAUUGUAUUGCCUUAAAAACUGCACCUAAAAAGACAAUUAUUUUGGUUUGUGUGAAUCGCUUGUAUUCUUCAGGGACAGGAUCAUUAAACUCAUUUCUUUAAGUAA